UAACCCGGGUUAAAGUGUCUCGAGCGCCCCCAGCGUCCCCCCGGAGCUCGUGCAGCUCCACAGCAGACAGUGACACCAUGAUGAUCACAUCCUCUCUCUCCCAGCUCCCGGAGCCACAUUACUGAAAUUGUACAACUAUCAUCGCUCCAGAACCGUCCCCACCCCCUCCUCUCCUCUCGGCUUUAGCACGGACCCGCACGGCACGGCUCGACUCGUUGCCAGCCCCGGCCCUCCUCCAGGGCUGCCUGAGCCGGCGUUUGAUUGGAUUAGAGUCGGCUAGCCUUUGCCCUCUAACCCCGUUGAUGUUGGCUGGCUGCUUCCUGCUCCCACCGCUCCCCCUGACCGACUGACGAAGCCUGCCGAAGCCGCACGGCGAAGCGCCCUGCACGGACACAGCCGACCGGGACGAGCCGCCACAGUCCGACCAGACCGGAGCAGAGCCGCGACACACACAGGCAGGCGGACGGAAAACUAGGCAGCCAUGCGGAGGAAAUCGAGGAUAUUGUUAUGUUUUGCGGUGCUGUGGGUGCUGGGGAUAGCCUACUACUUCUACUCGGGGACAGCGCUGAACCGAAAGGAUGAUUGGGGCUCCAGUGGCUUGUCCAGCAGGAGCAAAACUCACGUGUUUGAUGACAAGACUCACAGCCUGGAGACUCUGCCACCAGGUAAAGUGCGCUGGCAGGAUUUUGACCAGGAUCUGUAUGUUGGAGCCACGGUGGUCCGACCGGGUCAGGAUCCAUACGCCAGGAACAAGUUCAACCAGGUGGAGAGUGACAAACUCCGUAUGGACAGAGCAGUGCCGGAUACGAGACAUGACCAUUGCAGACAUAAACAAUGGAAGUCAGAGCUGCCAGCAUCCAGCGUUGUCAUCACCUUCCACAAUGAAGCUCGCUCUGCUCUGCUCCGCACUGUGGUCAGUGUCCUGAAGAAAAGUCCUCCUCACUUGGUCAAAGAGAUCAUCCUGGUUGACGACUACAGUGAUAACCCGGAGGACGGAGCGCUACUGGGGAAAAUUGAAAAAGUGCGUGUGUUGAGAAAUGACCGCAGAGAAGGACUGAUGCGUUCGAGGGUUCGUGGUGCAGAUGCCGCCACGGCACCCGUCCUUACCUUCUUGGACUCUCACUGUGAAUGUAACGAUCACUGGCUAGAGCCUCUACUGGAGAGAGUGGCUGAGGACAAGACCAGAGUAGUUUCUCCCAUCAUUGAUGUGAUCAACAUGGACAACUUCCAGUAUGUGGGAGCCUCGGCCGAUCUGAAAGGAGGUUUCGAUUGGAAUUUGGUGUUUAAAUGGGACUACAUGACUCUGGAUCAGAGACGAGCCAGACAAGGCAACCCCAUAGCCCCCAUAAAGACUCCGAUGAUAGCAGGAGGUUUAUUUGUCAUGGACAAGGAGUACUUUGAGCUGCUGGGGAAGUAUGACAUGAUGAUGGAUGUAUGGGGAGGAGAAAAUCUCGAGAUCUCAUUUCGAGUGUGGCAGUGUGAUGGUAGUCUGGAGAUCAUCCCCUGUAGCAGAGUCGGCCACGUCUUCAGAAAGCAACAUCCAUACACUUUCCCUGGGGGCAGCGGGACAGUGUUUGCAAGGAACACAAGGAGAGCAGCCGAGGUGUGGAUGGAUGAAUACAAAAACUUUUAUUAUGCUGCCGUUCCCUCAGCUAGAAACGUGCCCUACGGAAACAUCCAGAGUCGUUUGGAGAUGAAGAAGAGAUUAGGAUGUAAGCCGUUCAAAUGGUACCUGGAGAAUGUCUACCCUGAACUGCGAGUCCCAGACCACCAGGACAUAGCGUUUGGAGCGCUGCAGCAGGGAGGAAACUGUCUGGACACCCUCGGCCAUUUUGUAGACGGGGUGGUGAGCGUCUAUGAAUGCCACAACGGCGGAGGAAACCAGGAGUGGGCCCUGACCAAGGAUAAGUCAGUCAAACACAUGGACUUGUGUCUGACUGUGGUGGACAGAACGGCCGGUUCCCUCAUCAAACUACAAGGCUGUCGAGAGAAUGACAGCAGACAGAAAUGGGAGCAGAUUGAGUCUAACUCAAAGCUUCGUCACGUGGGCAGUAACCUCUGUCUGGACAGCCGCAGUGCCAGGAUGGGCGGACUCACUGUGGAGGUCUGCAGCCCGAGCCUCAACCAACAGUGGAAGUUCACCCUCAAUUUACAAUCAUAGGGGGCGCUACAGACCCCGGGAAGAGCUGGAUCGUGGAUAGAGACACCAACAGACUCUGAGACACGGACAAAGAGACAGAAAUAGACUCAAGGAGUAAGACAAACUUGAUGGAUAAAUGGAUCCCUCUCACUCCUCCUCCUCAGAGGUGCAGCCAGUCACGUCUAUACACCUCUCCCCCACUCUCACUCCUCCCAAAAAACAAAGAGCCACGCCCACUGGGGGAGGGGCUUGUAGACCAUGAUGGAGUAAACAGGAAACUGACUGUAUUUGGUGGACGAAAGUGACAGUGAUGAUCAUGAAAAGCGAUGAAGAGGCUUUCCAUCCAAACUACAUACCUCAGUGUUUUUUCAUUGAUGGUUCCUGAGGCAAAAUUUGUUCUUUUACUUUCUUUAAUGCUGGUGAGGUAGAACUCUUUUUACUUUGUAAUUAUAUUAUUUUCUUAUUAAUAUUUUUUAUUUCUUGCUGUUAACUCUCUUCCGAGCUUUCCACAGGAGCUUUUUUUGUUCUAGAAAGAAUGGGACGUCGGUGGUGCUCCUCUCCUGUGCUCUCUUUCUCUUUGUUUCACCACACCGAGCUAGAGCCUGUGAGAGCAGAUGGAGGCGUCAGGUUGUGGUUUGGGUGCAGAGUGAUGUGAAGGGAGGAAAUGGACUCGAUUCCUUGAGCUUUUCCCCUCAUUUACUCUCAUUGGUUCACAGGAUCAACAGAGCAAAGAGAGGCGAAGUGGAGAGAAGAACGCUAAGCUUUGAUUUCUACACCGUUUUUCCUACAAAUUUUGUCUUGGGGCAGUGGGUUUGGAUAGGAGAAGAGCUUCUCUGCUUUGGAUGGGGUCUGAUGCCAGUUUGGUUCGGCCAGAAGUGCAGUUCCUGAAACCAGGAAGUGUCUUGAAGCCACCCCUCAGGAUUUACUGUUUGUCGUCAAGCCGUAGCACUGGCUGCCACAGCAUCUUCACUUCUACACCGUUAUGUCUCUAAAGAAACAGAAAAAAAAAUCUCUUAACAGUUUUUUUGUUUACUUUUGUCGAGAAAAGGAACCAAAUUUCGAAUGGAUGUUUUUGAGUUUCAGGAAUACCAGAGGAGCGAUUAGAAGAGUUUUUCUUUACAUACUCUUGCUGCUCUCUAACUGCUCCCAGCGGAGCAGCUCAGUUUAUACAUCUUCUUAUCGUGCACAGAUAAUUUUCUUUGCCUGUGUCAUAUUGCCAUUGUAGGAAGGUAACUGUCUUAUAAUAACACCCAAACUGGAUUUAAUGUUGCAGCUUUUUCUCUAGACAUUACAGGUUGCAAAAUGAUAACGGUGACAUUUAUGACAUCACCUCGACGACUGAACAUGAUUGAGAUGUUUGUUUGUGUACUUUUAACACACACCUCCCUGCUCUCGCACAGCAGUAGAAGGAAACACCACAUUUCAGGCUUGACAUGAGAGGUCACUGUUUUGAUUGACAGAGUGAAACCUUGCUUAUUCCAGUCUGACAACAGAUGUCAUGCCGCCAAAAAAAAAAAAAAAUCCUGACAAACUGUAUAAAAUGUGCAUGCACAUGUGUUCAGAAAACCUCCCAGCUGCAUGUAUCACCAACCAGCUCCCACAGUUACAUUCGGUCAGUAGUGGUUUCCAUCAUCAUGUUUUUUUUUCCCUUCAUUGUGCCUGUUAGAUGCGCCAUCUGUUCAGAAGUUUGCAAUAAACAAGGUUUUACCGUUUGUCCUCACUCUGUUUCUGCUGGAGGUGAGCAGAUUUUUCUGAUUGCACAAGCAGGAUCGCUCCUUUUUUGCUGAUACGAAGUACUAAUGAGGACACUUUUUAUUUAUUUUGGCAAGCUACUUUAUUCUAUGGAACAAGAUUUCAGUGUCACCUAACAGCAUUGUGCCACUUAGUUGUUUUGUUACCUGGUAGUGUUACUGAUGCCACUCACAGUACAUAUAUCUGUUGGAUUUACCUGAUGCCUGUUGUGCAUCUUUGCAGCACGAGUCUUUCCUGGGCUUCAGCGUGGGUUCAUCUCCACUGCUCUGAUCUUCUGUACUAUUAGUCACUGAUGACUAAUGAUGGUACAGUUUGGGGAAAUUGGUUUUGAUUAAAUUUGGAGCGACUCAUCCCUUGGCAGCUUCAAGGCAACCGCAUUAAACAUCCUUGAACAGAUAUACUGUAAAACAGAAAUGGCCUAUAAAAAUCAAGUCCCGUUUCCUGGUUUAUUUUAGAAAGAUGUUGCAGCCUCAAGUGUUCUUUAAUGUCAAAUCUCCGCUCUGUUUUCUCAACAUUUCUCUCCCUCUCUCUCAUUACUUGUAAAUGUUGAUUUUUUUGUUUGUUUGUUUCACUGUGCUACCGGAUCCGACAAAGACAGCCGCUCAUAUUUGCUGUGUUGUCUGAUAAUUUUCCAUCCUCUGUUCCAUCGCUUUGUUUUCUGCCAUUUUUCCUCCUUGUUCCUGAUGUUUGCCUUGUCUUAUGCAUUCACACAACUGUGAGCGGAGUUGAGAAGGUCAGCUGAAACUGCAGCUGUUUGAAAAGCCUAUCCUUUGACUUGAUAGGUCGCUGCAUUUUGCUGCGAUACACAGGACCGGCGGAAAUGUGGAAAGACCCUAGGGUGAGCUUAGAUGUGAAGAACGUUUUCUGUUGCCAUGGUGACCAGGCUCGAGGGCCUGGAUCAGAUUUAAAGAAAUACUCCACCCACAAAAUCACCAUUUAUAUAUCAGUUAGUCAUGCCGUGUUACCUUGAAUUUAAAGAUUUUGUUUCUCUCGCAUGCCUUCACAGGUGGCAGCAAACAUACUGAUUUAUUGCUCUAUCUGGGACCAAAUUUUACAACAUCUAAACUAUAUCAGAACAUCUGUUUACAAACUCUAACAAGCCUCAUGCAGUAAAAUCAAAGUCUCAUUUAUCCGGUCAUAUGCUCAGUACUUCCCAAAAACUUGCAUUGUCAUUAAAAAGUUACUGUUUAAAACUGAACUGAAACUUAAUCUGCGAUCUUGUCAAAGCCAGACUGCAGUACUGAGGGUUUUUUGUGUGUAAAAAUGCGUGUGUUUGGAAGUAUUAAACAUUUGUCUGGAUAAAUGAGACCUGGAUUAUACAGCGCAAGUGGUGUAAAAGUUUGUCAAUAGAUGUUUUAAUAUAGUUUAGCUGUUGUAAAAUGUGGCCCCAAUCAAUCAAUGAAUCAUAGGUAUAGAUUUCGAGGGGUCUCAGGGGACACAUAACCCUCAAUAUCUGGAACAUGUGCAUAUUCCCCCCCUGCAUUUUCCAAGGAGUCAUGUGAGAUAAGGUUACCAAUUUAAGGUGACACAGCAUGACUUACUAAUUUUUUAAAAAAUUGUCAUUUUGUUGGUAAAGUAUUCCUUCAAGGGUUCAGUUAGCUUUCAUGUAAAGCAGGAGGUGAAUUUACUGUUAAAUACUGGAAACGUUUUUAUUUUUUUUGCUAUUUCCUUUGUAAACUGCAGAAUGAAAAUGAAACAGCUAUGUCUUAAUUUCUUUAGAAUGUUGCAAAUCAGUAAUUGUAAAACUGUAAAGCUGAUUGGAAAUGAAGUUGUAAUAUUUCCCUGAUUGUGGAUCCAAACUAUAUCUGCAGUUGCAUCAGAGGUUUUGUUGGGAUACAUCACGUGACACCAUGACAGAUCAAACAGCUGUUUGAGCCUGAUGGGUCAAAACCUGAUGACAAUUCAUAGUGUAAGCCUCUAGUUUGGUAUCUCUUUGGAUAAUUUGGGUGCAGGUACUGUCAUAUUUAUUUAAUUAUUCCUUUACAUCUCCUUCGUGUGUGAUAAGAGUGUGUCAGGUCUUGAUCUGGUUAUGGGAUGGAUACCCAAAUGUCACCUGCUAAUUUCUUCUUGUUGUUAAACUUUGUGGCAGUCCUCAAUUAUUAACAUUUGUCAUCUUAUUUUGAUGCAUACAUGUUGCUCACUGUUAGAUGAGAGCCUUUAAACUCGGAGGUCUUCAUCGUAAUAGCAUCUGGCCUCGUCCUUGUCAGAAAGGACAGCAUGAUGUUGUAGUGGUGUAUAGCGCCCUCUGUUGUCACACUUCUUUUGGGCAAUGAGUACAGAACCAAAACAGGAAAGAAAAAGGGACUCAGUGGACUAAAUGUCUGAUGCACAAUGCACCAGCAGAGAGUUUCAGACAUUUUCUGUGUCUUUUGUUCUUUCUGUUGUUUCUAAAUUUCUGACUGAGAUGUCCAGGCAGUACAAAGUGCAGAGGCAUCAGACCCACAGUGCUGCACACACCUGAGUGACCACGGCAAUGCUGUCUGCUACAAACGCUUCAGAUCUGUCCUCUAAAGCCUUUUCUUUUUAAACCAGUCUUAUUCUUGUAAAAAUAAAAAGAUUGCUAUUUUAUUUUAUAUUAUUUUUAUGUUAUACGCAGAGGAAAUGACUGUAAUAAUUAAGUUGUCCAGCGUCUCAUUUUGAUUGGAUGAUUAAAUGUUUACAUCUUUAGCACAACGUGCCAAA